GCAGGCGGAGGAGCGACGGAGAGGAGCUGGAGUUGGAGCUGGAGGAACGCCUCCAAACAGCGUCUCCUCUUAUUAUUCACCUCGUCCCCACCGCGUACAACCAGACCCCGACGACCAGUCCGCGCGCUGGCGACAGAGAGACAGAGACAGAGCGACAGAGACAGAGACAGAGCGGCUUUUCUCGCGACCUGUUUCCUCGGAGGUAACCGAAGGAGUCCCCCCCACCACCACUCCGCGCGAGCGCACAAGGCUUUUGCAUCGUGGCUCUCUCGCGAGUGGCAUGCUCGAGCGACCCGUCGGGCUCGACUGCAGUCCUUCUUUCACCCAAAGAGGAUUCAAUGAAAAUGUCAGUGUGCGUCCAUGAGAAUCGGAAAUCCCGAGCCAGCACCGGCUCCAUGAACAUCUACCUUUUCCACAAAUCCUCCUACGCUGACAGCGUCCUUAUGCACCUCAACUCUCUACGGCAGCAGAGGCUCUUUACCGACGUCCUCCUCCACGCGGGCAGCCGUUCCUUCCCCUGCCACCGCGCCGUGCUGGCCGCAUGCAGCCGCUACUUCGAGGCCAUGUUCAGUGGCGGUCUGAGGGAGAGUCAGGCCAGUGAGGUCGACUUCCGAGACUCGAUCCACCCAGAGGUUUUAGAGCUGCUGCUUGACUACGCAUACUCAUCACGGGUGGUGAUCAACGAGGAGAAUGCAGAGUCACUACUGGAGGCUGGGGACAUGUUGGAGUUUCAGGACAUCCGCGAUGCCUGCGCCGAAUUCCUGGAGAGAAACCUUCAUCCGUCCAACUGUCUUGGCAUGCUGUUGCUGUCUGACGCCCACCAGUGUACGAAGCUGUCAGAGCUCUCCUGGGGUAUGUGUCUAAGCAACUUCCCUGCCAUUUGCAAGACCGAGGACUUUCUCCAAUUGCCCAAAGAUAUGGUUGUGCAGCUUCUGUCGCAUGAGGAGCUGGAGACAGAAGAUGAGAGACUGGUUUAUGAAGCUGCCCUUAAUUGGAUUAACUAUGACCUAGAAAAGAGGCACUGCUACCUCCCAGAGCUUCUGAGAACAGUUCGUCUCGCCUUACUGCCUGCCAUCUUUCUAAUGGAGAAUGUUUCAACAGAAGAGCUGAUUAAUGAUCAGGCCAAAAGCAAAGAACUGGUUGAUGAAGCCAUACGCUGCAAGCUGAAGAUCCUCCAGAAUGAUGGCGUGGUCAACAGCCCAUGUGCUCGACCUAGAAAAACCAGCCAUGCCCUUUUCCUGCUUGGCGGACAGACAUUCAUGUGUGACAAAUUGUACCUGGUAGACCAGAAAGCCAAAGAGAUAAUCCCGAAGGCUGACAUCCCCAGUCCCAGAAAGGAGUUCAGUGCCUGUGCCAUUGGCUGUAAGGUGUACAUCACAGGCGGGAGAGGAUCAGAGAACGGCGUUUCCAAAGACGUAUGGGUUUACGACACUGUGCAUGAGGAAUGGUCCAAAGCAGCACCUAUGCUCAUCGCCAGGUUUGGCCAUGGCUCCGCGGAGCUGAAACACUGCCUAUAUGUUGUUGGAGGACACACCGCGGCAACGGGCUGUCUCCCGGCCUCUCCGUCCGUGUCCCUCAAACAAGUGGAACAGUUUGACCCAGUGGCAAACAAAUGGACCAUGGUGGCACCUCUCAGAGAGGGUGUGAGCAAUGCGGCAGUGGUCAGCGUGAAACUCAAGUUGUUUGCCUUCGGUGGAACCAGCGUCACCCACGACAAACUGCCCAAGGUGCAGUGCUACGAUCCGCAGGAAAACCGAUGGACUGUGCCAGCAUCCUGCCCACAGCCGUGGCGUUACACCGCCGCUGCCGUGCUGGGGAACCAAAUAUUUGUCAUGGGCGGGGAUACCGAAUUCUCAGCCUGCUCGGCUUACAAGUUCAGCAGCGAGAACUACCAGUGGACUAAAGUGGGGGACGUAACGGCCAAGCGGAUGAGCUGCCAGGCUGUGGCAUCGGGAAACAAACUGUACGUGGUGGGCGGGUACUUUGGUACACAGCGGUGUAAAACUCUGGACUGCUACGACCCCACACUCGAUGCAUGGAACAGCAUCACAACUGUUCCGUACUCACUCAUUCCUACUGCCUUUGUCAGCACCUGGAAACAUCUACCAGCUUAAAUCCUGAACCGUUGACCUGUACCUUCUCCAUUAGAUUUUCCCGGUUUUGCGUCAUCUGCCGGUCUCCGGGCCACGAAGAAGCACAUAUUCUCUUUCUCCAAAAAGAGACGCUACGCAAGCGAUGUACAGAUGCCCCGCAUUCAUCUUGGUGUUUCAAAAAUGUUCAAAAAAAAAAAAAAAAAAGAGAGAAGAUGAUAAACAAAAAGGACAAAACAUGCAGGAGCAGAGAACCCAAAGGUGGCGUCGAGGAAGGCGGACAUCUUGCUCUGAGACACCGAACUGACCGACGCUUGAUCUGCGAGGCACAGACUCUGACCCUGUGUGCACAUUGUGCUUUCAUGCUGCCAUAGGAGUGCUGCAAACAUAUCAUGAAAAGCUGCAUUCUUCAUAUGUAGUCAUAACAGGCUUGUGACGAUCUGUGAAGUUUUCUCUAUGACAAAAAAAAUUAUAGCUAUAUACAUACACACACACAUAUAUAUAUAAAUAUAUAUAUGUAUAUAUAGCAUGACAAAUGCUUCGGUUUGACUGAAAAAGAACAAAAUCAAUGGAUUUUGACUGAAUAUCUGAUUCAUACAAGGAAAAAAUGAAGGAGCAAAUCUUCCCUGUUUUUGUUUUUUGUUUGCUUGUUUGUUUGUUUUGGACUGUUAACAGCUAAUUUAUGCUCCAGACUCAGAAAAAUAAGCAAAAACUUGAGCAUUUCUCUUAAAAAAACGUUCCUGUCGCCGCCACUCAUGAGGCGGAUCAAUGGGAUUUGCGUGUGCCUGGAGGUCACGGCCUUAUGUGUCCUGCGUUUUGCCGCUGACGCGUUAACGCCCGUGUUUGGAUUCUGCAGCUCAGCGGCGACGCCGUAAAACAUGGUUUUCUCCCAACGGUACCGCCGGCUCGCUUGCCGACUCGCCGCCGAAACCCUUUUUCGCGCAUGUUCUCUCACAGUGGUUCAGUGACAACUGGCAUGUACCCUUCACAAAGUCUUGUCACCUUAACACAAAAAGCUGAAUUUAUUAUUCUCUUUUGAAAAAACAUCUGUUUCUUCUUGAACUUGCUGCAGUGUAGUCUUAAUUUAUAUGGUACUGGUAACUGUGUCAUGUUAAUAUGUUUAAUCCUAUUUAUUUCUGUUCUGCCUGCAUUCAGAUGUGAAUGUACGUUUGGGUUAUGUCGUGCAUGGCCAAGUGUUGUGUUUUAUUUGGUCUCAGUGAGCUGCCUUUUGCACACUUCGGUCUUUGCCAGGAGAAACUUGCUUUUUUCAAGACGUAGCUUCGCUGCUCACUUCCUUUCAAGUGGCUUAAAAAGAGAGAGACUUAAAUCACAGAAAGAGUUGCUCAUCGUAAGAUGGGGCAUUCACUUGGGAAUAUGCUGGAAACUGGGAUCAACUUCCAACAUGAGAAGGUUUUGCUUAGAAAACCGCAGAAAAAAAAAAUCAAGAUUUUUUUUCCCUUUCUUUGUUUUAAAGGCCCUUUAAUAAAAUGCCAGCGUAUCGCACCACCUGCGGUUCACGCUAAAGGUCAGCUUGCUUGAAAAGGCUAACACCCACCUCCAUCAAACCUGCUAAAACAGACAAAUUUGGCAGUUUUGAAUUUUUUUUCCUCGUCUGUCAAAAUGUUAAAAUUAUCAUUUGAAAGCUGCAAUUGGCGUCUCAUGGCGGGACUAGCAGCGGGCUGCAGGCUAGUUUCUUGCCCUUCAGUUGCAGGGAAGACAGUGGUUUUUAUAUAUUCAACGUACAUUUUUCAACGAGAAUCUGCACAUCGGUAAAUUAAAAAUUGAAGAUAACAUUCUCAUUCUUUAAACAUGCUGUUUAGCAGCACUUGCUAACGUUGCUAUUCCUAGAUAAUUAGGUAAUCUGGUAUCUUUUUUGAAAUUGUGGGUAGAAACUCGCACCAGCCCAAAUCUAGACCCAAACAAGGCGAAAUUGAAAGAAAAAACACAACAAAACAAAAACCCAACCUUCAUAUUCUUGCUAAUAAUAAAGGCCCAAAAGAAAAGAUCGGAUGGCACAAUGACAGAUCGACCCGGACGUGGUGAAGAAUUUGGCAGUGUCUGCAGCAGAGGCCGUGCGACACGUGUCAACUCGGCUCCCCCAGAGUGAGAACCCGCCGCCCCGUUAGCUGUUUGAGUUUGGCUCCGAAUGCUGUGUAACGUCAAGGGCAGACACCGCAGUGCUUUUCACCAUUAAAAAAAAACAAAACACAUUCAGUGAAGCAAGUUUCUGCAAACAAAAAAUAAAAAAUAAAAAAUCAGCAGCAACAAAAGUCUUAACAUGUCCGCUAACAUCUUCUCAAUGUUUGUGUCUGUUUGUCUGUCUCGGUGACCUAAACAUGUUGCGGUUUUGCAUUGUCAAAUUCAUUCACAUUGUAAAAGAUUCUGUCUUGGUGGAAUUGGUAUAGUUUGUUUCAGCUCUUCUUCCUUUAAGACCCCCACACAUCCCACUUUCCAUUAACUUCCAGUGGAAAUUAGCCCCCAGUAAAGUGCCGCUCAGCCUUCCUUCCUUCGGCCAUUCAGAAAAUUCUUCCUAUUGUGAAUUUGAAGACCUGUGUGUGGGGACCAUUGUGGCUCUGUAACGUCCACCACAUCCAACUGCUGAAUUAAGAGACUCCAACCCAACCAAUCAGAUGAGGAUAUUUAUUCCCCCUCCCGCCACACACAAGUCUCCCUGGCAACAGCCAGCAAUGAAUGCCCCUUCAAUUUGCACCUAAUUGCUGAGCGGCAUUUCCACAGACUCUUUUUUUUUUUCCUUCUUCUCUCGUCUUCUUGAGCUUUCACAAAAAGUCGGAAACGAGACGGGACGAUUCUGUCAGUGUGCAUGGGAUUUCUCUCAAAGUUUCCUUUCUGUUUUUUAUUCUGUUACAUUUGAUUCUUUUCUUUUGUUUUCACACUGUGAAACUCAUGGCUAAUAAACAUAAAGAGUCUUUUCCUCCUGA